AGAUGCUACAAGUGAAGGUGCCACCAACAAAUAAUUGCCUUACUAUCCUGAAGGCACAAUGGCACAAUCCCUUAAACUGGCCAGCAGAUCUGCACCCAUCCUGAAAGGCUUCCCAGAGCAGUGGGCAGAGACUUUCUUUAAAAAGUCAGAAAAAAUCAUCAAAAGGAACAAGUCUUUGGCAGAUAUGCCGGGGCCAUCUGCAGUGGGCUUCUUCACUGAUCUCUUCUUAAAAGGGGGGCUGUCCCGUCUACACGAGCUGCAGCUGCAAGGUAAAGCGAAGUAUGGCUCAGUAUGGAAGGCAAGUUUUGGUCCAAUCCUGACAGUCCAUGUGGCAGAACCAUCCUUGAUUGAGCAGGUGUUAAGGCAAGAAGGAAAGCAUCCAAUACGUUCAGAUCUCUCUUCCUGGAAAGAUUACCGACAGUGCAGAGGACAUUCAUAUGGUCUGCUUACAGCUGAAGGAGAGGAGUGGCAGCAGCUACGUAGUAUUUUGGGAAAACACAUGUUAAAGCCUAAAGAAGUGGAAGCUUACAGCGGUGUUUUGAAUGAUGUCGUAGGUGACCUUAUCAAGAAGAUCAACCAUCAACGUAACCAGAGUCCAACCCACACUGUAAAGGAUAUCUCCAAUUUGUUCUAUAUGUUUGGGUUAGAAGGUAUAUCAUCCAUCUUGUUUGAGUCGCGGAUUGGCUGCUUAGAAACCAUUGUCCCCAAAGAGACAGAGAGGUUUAUAAAGUCCAUCAACACUAUGUUUGUGAUGACUCUUUUAACCAUGGCCAUGCCUAAAUUUCUGCACAGAAUCUUCCGCAAGCCUUGGCAAAAGUUCUGCCAAUCUUGGGACUACAUGUUUGCGUUUGCCAAGGGACACAUUGACCAGAGAAUGGCUGACGUGGCAGCAAAAGUGGCACAAGGUGAAAAAGUGGAAGGAAAGUACCUGACUUACUAUUUAGCUCAGGAGAAAAUUCCCAUGAAGUCCGUGUAUGGCAACGUCACCGAGCUGCUUCUAGCGGGGGUAGACACCAUUUCGAGCACCCUCUCCUGGAGUCUCUAUGAGCUAGCUCGGCAUCCAGACAUACAGGCCGCUCUGUACUCCGAGAUCAAGGAGGUAUCUCAAGGUCAACCCAUUCCUUCAGCUUCUGAAGUUGCCAGAAUGCCUUUAAUGAAAGCUGUCGUCAAAGAAGUGCUAAGACUGUACCCUGUUAUCCCUGGUAAUGCUCGUGUUGUGGCAGACAGAGAUAUACAAGUGGGAGAAUAUACCAUCCCAAAGAAGACUCUCAUCACUCUAUGUCACUACGCCACAUCCAGAGAUGAAAAAGUCUUCAAAGAUCCCAAUGAGUUCCAUCCUGAACGCUGGCUAAAAAAAGAUGAAUCCCAUCAUCCAUACGCCUCUAUCCCAUUCGGUUUUGGUAAAAGAAGCUGUAUUGGAAGGCGCAUAGCUGAAUUGGAGGUGUAUUUGGCUCUAGCACGGAUUCUCACUCACUUUGAGCUGAGACCCGAGUAUCCAGGAAGUACAGUAAAACCCAUGACAAGGACACUCCUAGUACCAGAAAAAGAAAUCAACCUGCAGUUUCUGGAACGAUAAUGUUGCACUCAGUGAGAAACAGCUGGAAAGGAAGGUGAAUCCACAAUUUCUGAUUUCAGUAAAAAUCUUAACAGAAAAUACAACUUUUCGAGGGAUCAAGAGACUGAUGGAUAGCAGACUAAUAAAAUGGAUGGAUAAAAGAACAAACCAAUCUAAUGGUAAAAUAAAGUAAGAACAUGGAAUGGAAAUCAUGAAACAGUGGAUAUAUCAAGACUUUAUGUUUACAAAAUGGACACAUAGCAACAUUCAUCAAUGUGUGAUCAAGCACAAAAACGUGCACCGAUAGAUACCUCAGAAUGUAUUUAAAUACUAUCCUAGCUUUGCUUUAACUGGACAAAUGUGAUGUGUAUAGCACUCUACCUUAAAGGAUAUAUACUAUACAGGAAGCACAAACCGGAAACCAAGGAUAAAUUCAGGGUAAUGGCUCCAUAUUAAAAACUCCAGUCUUCAAAUUAAGAAAUGCAUUGUUAAGGUUCAAAUAUCAUCCUCACUCUACAAUUGCCAAUCUGUGUGUUUUAAUCCACACCAGAGAAAGCUUCUUUACAGUGAUACCUGCCAUUGAUAAGAGACGUUUUUAACUAUUAGCAAGGGUACAAUCCAAAUGUCUGAGUAGCCAAUAGAAAUCCAAGAUGCCUGCCUCUUAUCCAACACUGUCGGGAAUAUUGCAUCCCAUUAGAAAAAUUGCUCACUUAUUUUACCUACAACAAUUCAUUUUCACUACUGAUGUAUACAAACAUACCCCCGCACACAAUAUUUAUUUGUCUGUACAUAAUUAGCCAUUGUAAAAUAUUUUA